GCUCUCUGUGUUAUUAUUUUGAACACAUGAUUUUAGACACAAACCCGUAUAUGCAGAUUUAUGUAUGGUUUGGUUAAUCAAUUUGGUUGUUUCACAUUUAGAUGCAGAUUGACCUUAACAUUCAAGCGUGUGCUAUUUUACUUUGGGAAAGACUGAGUGUUGAUACAGUCUUGGUUUGCACGUCAUGGCUAGAUCAUUAUCUAAUAUGCUCUUCAAGGGGAUGUCAAGUCUACCAGCUACUAAUUCUCUGAAAACAAUGGUCUCAGGAUCUUUUUGUCGUAAAGGUAUGCAAUACUCCACAACUGUGCCUAAUGACGACCCUGACACGCAUGAUGAUUUCAAACCCACCAACAAGGCUGCAAGUUCCGGCAUUUCUUUAAAGGAUAUUGUUGAGCAGGAUAUCAAGGAAAACCCUGUUAUGAUUUACAUGAAAGGAGUUCCUGAGCAACCUCGGUGCGGAUUCAGCUCCCUGGCUGUUAGAGUGCUGAAUGAAUAUAAUGUUAACGUGGGUGCCAGGAACAUAUUGGAAGACCAGGAGCUGAAGAAUGCUGUAAAAACUUUCAGCCAUUGGCCUACAUUUCCUCAAAUUUUCAUUAAAGGUGAAUUCGUGGGAGGGUCAGACAUCAUCCUCAAUAUGCACCAGAGUGGAGAACUAAAAGACAAACUCAAGGAUCUUACUGCAGAAGACGACACGCAGGAAAAAUGAAGAUGAGCGGAACACUUGAACUUAUAUUUUUAGAUGGUAUAAGUUUUUUCAUGUCCAUUAGAACAAGAGAAUCCCUUUUGUCCUUGUUUUGUAACAAACAAAAUGCAGGUGUGACAGAAUUUGGUCAAUCUGUUUGUCCGGUGAUAGCAAUAAAGCACUGGAAUUCGUUCUUUAGAACCCUGGCUGUAAAUUAGCAAUUGAUUAUAAACAUGAUAAAACUAUGGCAUUUUCGUGGUUCAUCUUA